AGCUCUCCACUCCUCUCACUUCACUUCUACUCCUCAUCUCGAAAAAUUGUUAUUUUUUCUAUCGAUUUUGGAUGACUGAUAAAUUCUACAGCAAAUCGAGUGGAUCAAGACGGUUUCGUAUACAACAUGUUUAAAUGAUUUCGCGCUGUAGCCUUCGAAGAAGAUUUCAAAUUUUUCAUCCUAUAAAACCAUUUGAGGGAAUUGUACAUACUGUAUGAAACUAAAAAGUAGUUUGGUACGAAUAAAUAGUUGUGCAUAAAAACGUUUUUCUACAGAGUAGACUUGGUUAUUAUUGUGAACUCACACACAAUCAACUGUACAAUUAGACUUGAUGAAUCAAAAUAAAAAAAGUUGUUUUAUUCCCGUUAUGACUGUUGUUCUCUCGGAAAUAGUCACUUUCUUAUCUUGGGAAAGGAUUAUCGGGGACAAAAUAUUAACAUUUAUUCAUGAAUAAAUCAGCAACAUAAACAUAUAGUUGUGUUUUUGGUCUAUAAGUAUAAACGCACAUAAACGGAAAUCAGAAGGAAAAAAUGGUGAAUUUAUAAUUAUUUUUAUUCAAAAUUUCACAUUAGGAAAUGCUGAGAAUUCCUCUAGUUAUUCGUAAACACCCUUCUUUGCAUUUUGUCCUGCUCUACGAAAACAUAGAUGCAUGCAACCGUGACAGGACCGCUCCUUAUAGAAACUCAGUCACGCAAACUGUUUUUCUCUAAAAUCUUCAAAUUCUGCUGCAAAAAGUUCAUUCCGUUUUCCAAAAGCACAUGUUUUCUUUGACAUUAGUAAUUCUUGUAUCACAAUCGACGACUUUCUCUCCCCACACUAUGAAUUUUGUUUAAAAAAUCUCUUUCUUUCUUUCUAUCCAUUUUUGAAGAUUUUUUUUCGCAAGAUGGAAGAAGCUGACUUGCUAACUUCGAUCCGACGUCUGUCUGCCAUGCUCCAACCUCAAAGUUAAAAGUCUUCCCUUCUUUCUCUGAAGACUUGUUUUCGCCUAUCAGUUAAUUUGGUCUCGUUAACUGACUGGGAACUUGAAUACAGUACUUUUUGAGAGUUAGACGAUGGCUUUUACUUAUGGUUAUCCAUCUGUUUCUUUUCAAAGGUUCGAUGUAAUAAAUGUGAAAAAAUAAUUGAGCGUCAUAACUAUAAUCGGCAUUCAUGUAUUGAUGGUAUCGACAGCGAGAAUCAGUCAUUAUCAAGCGAGCUGGAUUCAUUUGAAAAUGCUCAAGAUACUUUUGAUAAUUCUCAGAAUGAGCUACAACUAUCAACAACAACUGCAGAACAUUUACGACAACUAGUGCUAGAACAAGAACAGCCUGCUCCACCACAACAACAGUUAAAACAAAAUCUAAAAGAUAUAUUUCAUUUAAUGUUAGUAUUUAUUAAAAUCAUUCUUUUCGCUUAUUUAUUUAUUAAAUUAAUUCCAUUUAUUGCUAAAAUCCUAUUCAAUUGUUCAACACCUUACAUGCUUGUUAAAGUUGGAAUAUUUCAAGUGCUUGCAAAGCUUGAUUUAAUAUUUACAUAUUGGUAUAUAUCAUUCAUUCUGUUAUUAGUACUUGCAUCGAUUAUUAUACUUAAAGGUAAAAAUAU